UUUUUUUUUCUGUACCUUUUGUAACCAGCAUAACAUUCCUCCUUGUUAUUUUUCGAAAGCGUCUCUUGUGAUUGAUUUUAUUCCCAAGGAGAAGCUAGACGAACUCUUUUUCAUCGAAAACCACUAAACAAGAGAAUGGUUAUCUUGGUGUCUUCCAUACUAUAUCCUGCUUAUGUUCAUCCCACCACUUCCGAAGACAGCAAUUAUAACCAACAACCCUUAAACGAUUACAUCCCCUCUACUUGAACUCGAAAAAAAAUUCAAGAAUCAGUUCAGCAAACAAAAAAAAAAAAGUUAUAAAAAAAAACCAAGAAAAAAAAACCACCCACCGUCCGUUAUUACAUGCCCUAUUUCACCCAUCCACCCACCACUUUAACAAGACGUCUAUUAUCUUGCUUUUUAUCAUUCAUUGGAUACGACUUGCGACCGGCAAGUCAUUUUUAUUCCGGAAAUGGCCGUACUCUUACUUCCACCGCUGCGGCAUCACCGUCGUCCUGUAGUUUCAUGACGGAUUCCACCCUGAUCGUCCACCACGACACAGGUUACGAUUAUGCCUCUUUCUUUCCUGUCACUCGUCAACCGUGGGCGGUGCAAAACUGGAUCACAAGCUUGCCCAAAAUGGCACUUUGCCAGCUCUUGUCCACUUCCGUAGUACUGGAUACGGCCAAGACGAAUGGACUCGCUGCCAAUUACAAAAGAUGGACCGGACCGGCCCCAUCCCCAUCGGAACGAUUUAUUGCUGAAUUAAUGACGGUGCAACAGCAGGCCUCCCAAGUGGUCCACCGACUCGACGGUCUGCGCCCGAGCGACCAAUUCGCUCAAGCGGCCCAACUCGCCGAAGCUGUCCAGCAAUUGAUCCGGAUGUGUACCAGCGCUCUCUACGACCAAUCCUUGACCACACUCUUGGGGCUGCUGGUGAUUGCACAAGAAUGUCUCCAUACAGCGCCGCAAGUCCGCAAACACUUGUUCCAUCAAGCCAAGCUCGGCCGCGUACUUGUCCUGGAAAUGGCCAAAGUGCUCAAAGGCCCCCGUAUAGCGGACAUGACCGCCUCUCAAUCCAUGCUUUCCCAUGGCAAUGACGCUUCUCAACCCAACGGCAAUUGGUUACACCGAUUGGAAGAAACAUGCGCCGAACUAGCUCGCUUGGAUCCCUUGUGGGAGUUCAAACAGGAAUAUCGAGAUGUUGUCUCUAUUGCCUCGCGGUAUUGCUAAACCAAUACUAUCAUACCGUAUUUUCAAAUGUAUCAUGAUUAUCUUGUAAAUUUUUAUGCCAAACUAUGAUGAAGCAAAAUAAAGCGCAAACUUUUUUGGAUUGAUC